CAUGUUUUGAAUAAAAAUUUAUGGUUCUUAAUAACAAAAUCGAUUACAAAAUUCAACAGUCUGUAAUAUGUUGUUAAUGUUUUAUUUUUAAUUUAACAGUUAAUUAUUUAACACAUGACUUCAAUUAUAACUUAUUUAUUGAGCCUACCACAAAUAUCGUGAUUUUAUUAAUAAUAUUUUUUGCAUAAUUGCCAUUUUAAAUAUAUUUACACAUAUGUAUAAUGGAAGUUCAUCACGCACCACAGUAUUUACCUGACAUUGUAUUAGACAUCAUAUUCUCAAACUUGGAGCCAAAUGACUUGCUUAGCUGUAUGUUAGUCUGUCAAAAUUGGUAUCGAGUACUUAAUAAUGGCAGAGCAGAACCAUGGAAAUUGAUGUGUCGACGUAAAAUACCCAAAGAGAUUUUGAAGUCUGAACUUUUAACACACCUUAACAGUCCUAAAGUUAAGUUACGUGCUUUAUACCAUGCGUGGAAUCCAUUUGAUUGUUCUAUGCAUAUUGUGGUUAAGCAAAAUGGAUUUACAUUACAUCGAAAUCCUGUUGCUCAGAGUACAGAUAUGGCAAGAACAAGAAUUGGUUAUGGGAAUGGUAAACAUGUAUGGGAAAUAACAUGGACUGGGCCAUUAGGUAGUAUUAUUUUGUUUAAGUUUCAGCAUAAAAUAAGUUACUAUAAUUGUACCUAUAUUUUGUUUAUUUAGGUACAGUAGCAAUGGUUGGCGUGUCAACAAAAGAUGCACCAGUUCAUUGCAGUGGUUAUUUACCUUUGUUGGGUAUGGACAAGCAUAGUUGGGGUUGGAAUCUAAUUGAUAAUAUUUUGCUGCACAAUGGAGUACCACAUGGCAAUUAUCCAUUAUUAAAUAAUGCUCCAAAGUAUCAGAUAGGUGAAAAAUUACAACUAGUGCUAGAUUGUGAAAAUGGUGUUUUGCACUUCGAAAAAUGUAAUGAAUUUUUGGGUAUUGCUUUUAAAAAUUUACCUAAAACUAAAUUAUAUCCUUCAGUGUCAGCUGUUUAUGGUAACACAGAAAUAUCAGUAGUAUAUAUUGGCAAACCUUUGUGUGGUUAAAUCUGAGUAAAAUUGUCUCUAAAAAUUAUCCUAAGCCUUUUUUAUCACACAGUUGUAUGUAUAAUAAACCAUUUUGUAUCUACCUCUAUUAAAUUUUUCAAAUUUGCCUAACCUUAAUGAUUGUUGAUUUUCGUUCAAUUUGUUAGGUCUUUUAGAUUAAUAUAAUUAAUAAUUAAAUUAAAUUUUACAACUAAUUGAAUGAUAACAAACAAAAUGAUUAAUCAUAUUUUCUAAAUAAAAAAUAUCGCAAUUACUGUUCAUGUACUUUGAAAAUUGUAAUUAAUUUUCACUCAUUGUUCCUAUAUUUUAAUAGGAAUUAUUUCCAACCUUUGCAACUCAAAAAUAAAUUGUUCCUUCUCAACAUUGACAUUACUUAAUAAAUGCAAGGCCUUUAAUUCAAUAGAAAACAAAAAAAAACUAAAAACUUGAUUUGGUAAAUUAGUUCUCUAAAAUUCUUGAAAAAGGUCCGAAUUUAUUAUGAUUAUAUAUAUUUAGUUUCAAGUAUAAAUAUUAUAGUUUAUUUAAAAUAUAUUUUUCAAUUGAUUUUGUGUAGUUUUCAGAGAUAUAAUAUAUCUAAAUGUAUAUAUAUAUUUUUUUUUAAGAUUCAAUAGGCUGUGGUAUAGAGUUCAAUAUAAUUUAAUUUAUACAUUUAAUUUAAUUAUAUUAAUUAUCUAUCAUACAUUUUGGUAUUCAAUAUUUUGAUGUUGAUAGAGCGAUACAUAUUUACCUCGGACACCCACAUUUAAAAAUAUAUUCCGUCAUUUUGACUAAGAAAUAAGUUUAAUAAAUUAAUGUAUUGUAUUAUUCAAUUUUUACAUUUUAAAAUAUAUAAAUUAAAUAUCAUUAUAUUGAUUAUGCAAAUACUUUUAUUCCUAGUAGUAUGCCAAUAUUGAAAAAAUUUGAUUACUCAAACUGCAAACCUGACCCUUACACAAUAUUUACAUUUAAAAUUGACAACAAAUAUACUUUGUGUGAUGAUCAUCU